UUGGGCUCCGCGCGGGAGUCUCGUGGCCGCCCGCCUUUUCUUUUAAGUCGGGGUGCCUUUUUCCUUACACCCACCCCCGGCCCUCUUUUCGUCGCCCUCGCAGAUCUACGGACCCAUCGUCGCUCUAUUUUCAAAGCACGCGAGUACCUCGCUCCGACUCAUCGCCGUGAUCGUUUCGCGUACGAUCUCGUCAUGGUUCGUUCUUCUGGUUCCGUUUCUUUUCUUCCGAUCUCUUUUUUUUUUUGCCUUGGUCUCAUCGGUUCGCCAUGAGAUUAACCGUGCAGAGAUGGUCCGGGAUGCGAUUUGCAGGCUGAUUGCAUCGCAUUUGCAAGAGCACGCACAGAAGGGAAACUAGAGGGAAAAAGAGGAGAGAGAAACGGAGAAGGGGAUAGAGACGGGAUACUCGAAACGGGACGGUGAUAUUCGCGGAGAUACCGUGAACGGCAGUUCGCUGCGGUACCGAAGGAUCGUAGCAAGAAGACCGGUGGUGCGUGACCUCCGGCUCUAGCCACAUGAUACCGUGUUCGGUGCGUGCACGAUCUCGUUACGAUUCUUUCAACAAGAAGAGGAUAUCGUGCGUUUCCCUGGUGACCAUUGCGACGUAUUGGUGGUAUCGGUGGGUCGGUGCCGGUGUCGUUUGUCGCGGCAAUAUAAUUCGGCGCUCGGUGGCAAAAAAGCAAGAAUCGCGUUUCGUUUAGUGGCUGUUCGAUGUCCCGAGUGAACGAAGAAAGAGAGAGGUGCAACGUGAUCCGGUAGCGCGCCGCGACGUUGCCAAUGUCAAUGUUAACAGUGCCUGGAAGACGGUCACGGCGAUAUCGCUGUUGUACAUACAUGUAUUUACGUCUAUGUGUUUCCCUUGGCUUGACAACAGAACGGUUGCACGAGUGGAUAUAAAGAGUGUGAGAGGUAAAAAACGAAGAAAACAAGGUGCCACGAGCGUAGCACAGAAGGGCGGAGAACAGUGAGACUUUUGUUAGGGUAUUCGGAGGAAUGGUCGCGAUCGAAGAGUUCGGGUGGAUCGAGGAGGAUCGAGAGGUCGAAACGAUUCGAUUUCUUGAAAGCAGAGGGACAGAGGUGCCGCGUGUGCUUCUCUUGCCCGCGACCUCUCUCACGCACCGCCAAUGCGGCUGAGAUCGCGCGAUCUCAUUGGCUGCAAUCGUGCCGUGGUGUCGGCGAUGGGUACGUCCAAGUUCGAUGCUCGUGUUUGACCGAGGGGUACGCGUGUAUUUUCUCUGUCACGCUUCUUCCUUUCGCUCUCUUCGAGUUCUUCUCCUCGACGAACGUUCCUUUGUGUUCUGCAGGUUUUCCCAAUCUUCGCCGACCGUUUCUUCUUCUUUUUCUCCUUCGAUGUUCUCCCACAAAUUUAACGCGUUCCUCGUAAUCAUCUCUCGGUAUACGUUUUACGAGAACCGGCCUUCCAGUUUUCGUUGGAACGCGAUCACGAACGCGUAAUGCGCCGUGUUUAUAUUUCUCCGUCGUUGAUGUUGUGCCUGUGUGCCGUAUCGUGCGAUUGCGUGAACGGUAGAAUGAUUUCUCUGUGUAAAUCAUUCGGACGAUAGCGAUCGAGUGUGCGGAGAGACCAUCGCAACUCCACUCUGUGAGCGUUUCAAGACGUAUCGGGUAUCGUUAUUCGCGGAAGCAAUAUACGCUCGAGUCGCGUUGAACCUAGACGUCGCGACCUAAGGAACGAUCAUGGUUGACUAUCGCCGCUCACGCGACCGUCCAACAGUUUGAACUUUUAAACAUCGAUACACGAUGUCGACGUUUGCUUAAUGGUAAAACUUAGCCUUGUUUCCGAGCAUCUAUCGAGCAAUUCCAACGCGGUGUUUCAUCGUCACGAAUCAAAAGUGUGCUAUUUCUGUUUGUUGUUCUGGUCGCGAAGCUUUCGUUUAAAACGUGAACCCGUGAGAUAUACGUGAUCGCAAUCGAGUGUGGUUAUCUCGACCGGGAAAAGGACGUGGCUAGGGAAACAAAGGGUAGGGAAGGGAAGGCAUAAUCAAGGUCGUUGAUUCCUGCUUUGCUUCACGCGACCACUUACUUCGGUGCACCGGCAGUUUUUCAUGCCACGCGAGCCGAUAGUUCUCGUUUGAUGAUUUCCACACGUGUAUAUCUCGCUUUCACAAUCAAUACACCGUUAUGACUAUUUGCUAAGUGUCGUUAAAGCGCGUCGUGUGUGAUUCUCCUACAACGCUUACGUCUCUCCUCUACUUUCUCCCGUCUAUAUACUUCCGCUUUUUGAUUCUCUACAUUGCCUUUAUCUCUACUUUAUCUCGUCACGAACCAGAUGGACUGUUACGCGGUCACGAGACCAGUUUAAACGCGAAGAAUGAAAUUCUCGUAUAAUCUUUACUACCCUGGCCAAUAACCUUGGCUGAGACUGUACGUACACACACACACACACACACACACAUAUAUAUUUUUUAUUCCUCUUUACAGCUCUAUUCGGCUCGCUACGCUUAUUUACUUACCCUUCGACCACUUUCUGCACUCUGUUCACCUCCUUCUUUUUAUAUUUAAGGGGCUCUGUUACGAUGCUCGCCAUCACUUCCUCUAUGUCAUUUUUAUAUUUAUCCGUUUUAAAUUUCGAGUUGGAACUUUCCGAGUUCGUCUCGGUACGGUGGAUAGCGAUAUAGCCGAAAGAGCGAUAUCUCGUAGAAAUUUCUCGGCCAUACGUACACGUACGUUCGAGAAGGCUUGGAUACGUUCUUGGACGAGGGAACGACUUAGGCUGUUCGUUUAUAGCGAAAUGCCAGAAGACGAAGGUUCGUACAUUCGCGUUCGUCCUUUUUCAACCUACCGAGCAGUCGUUAUCUUCGAUAGAGCCUAUUUACUAAGUUUCAAAGCGCCAAGCCACAGUAACGCGAUCUCUGUAACACCUCUGACUGUAUCGCGCGGUUAAUCGACCUCGAUUCAUUAAUUUGCCAAUUGGACACGAACGACGUAAUUCCGUCACAGUUAGGGAAAAGAUAUUACUCGAUUUGGAUUUGUCAUUUCGUUUAUUAAUUCAGUAGGGGUGGCUCUAUCGCGAGCAUCCAACUCUUGACAGAAAUCUCGAUCCAUCAUCAUCCUGGCACGUAGUAUUCGCUGGUUUUUUUAUUCCACAGGCUGUCAUCUUUUCCUUCGCGCUUCUUCGUCUCUUUGCAUUUGUCUCCGUGUGUCUCGGCCCGUGGACGACGUUAGGAAACGACCUGUGGCGUUUCUAGCCACGCUGUUGUUCCUUCGUGAAAGCGAUAAUUACCCAGGCGGCGUCGGGAAAGCCACUUCGAACGCCACUUCGCAAAGAAGCUUCCUAUUCUUUGGAACGCGUGAUAGCUCUUCCGUUUCCUUCUUCCGAGUCAUACGUUGCGAACAUUUUCGUACGAGUAGACUGUUGUUUCGCCUUCCCACAAACGAUAGAGUCUCUGGUAUUGUUGAUUCGCCGUUUUCUCUCUCCUUCUAUCCCUCGAACACACGAGAUUCGUUUACGCGUUUACAAACGACUUUUCUGCAACGAUUUAGCGAUAUCGUGUUAGAGGAAAAUUAACGGAGACGUAGGAUACGUGCGAACCGAGUACAUUAACUUGCUUCACGAUCCCGCAGAUGGCAGUGGUUCGGUCGAGGCGAGCAACGGGCAUCGUCGCAACUAAUCGGCAGUAAACUCGCGCGGAAAUGUCGAUCCGAGUCGAGAGACGGAGGAAGAUCGAAAUCGAGGUUGUGCGUGGCUACGUAUCUUCGUCGUGGAGAACAACGACCGAGCGGCUGGCUUCGGGCCAAUACAAAUCUAGCUAAAGGGUGAACGUGAAAACCAGGUGGAAGUGGAAGAAGGUGGAAGAACAGAAGGCAAAGAAAGGGAAGACAGACAGGAAGUAAGGAAAGAAGACCGAAGCUGCUGACGAAGACGUUUCGUAGUGAAAUAUUCGUGCUUUUGAUUAUAUUCUCGUGUGCGGUGCAAGAUGCGCUCGCGACGCCGUGACGGCGGCUGAAGGACGAAGAAACCGAGUGGCUCGUACAGCAGCCCUCGAUUCCACCUGCCGACUCUCUUUUUCUUUUCGUUUUCCACGUCAACGAGACGCCGCACCACUCAGUAUUCCUCCUCGUUUCGUCGCUUAUCUACUCGGCUUCACCGAUUCGCCGCCCGACAAAGCGAAGGCCAGGGAAAAGACGUGAAAAAAAACCUGAGGCGACACGGAGCCACGAAGAAACGUAGGAUUGGAAAAGGAAGGGAGGCGGAAGGGAAGAGGGAACGAGGCGAAGCCGAGAGCUAGCAAGUGGAAAAAGAGAAGAAAAGGAGUAAAACGCGGAGGAAGGUAUCGUCGGAGGAGAGCUGCACCAAUAGCAGAAGCAAUCGAAGAGAGAAGCGACUAGGUGGUUCGGCAACGAGCUUCUUCGUUCGUGGAAUGCGGAUCGGGCAAAGGUGGUGCGGGGCCGAAAAAGCCUUGUGAAGAAACUAAGGAUUAGAUGGUGGAGGUGCUGGAGAGGCGGGCUAGGGAGCCUACGGGGCCGAUCAAGGCACCUCGCACCUACCCAGGGCCUGGCAGCCCUGCGAACCGCGUCCUCGCUAGAGUGCACUCGCAACCGCGUCGGCGGCUGCGUCUCUCCUACGUUCUUUUCCACCAUGAUUUCUUAAUUUCAAGGCUGUUCGCUCUUCUUACCGAUUGUUAUUCGCCGCGGCAGCAGGCCAAAGCAGGCGAAGCGGCGCAGCUUCCUUCCAAUUUACUACCCGUCGAGAACAUUGGUCGCGCGGACCUCUUCGGCUUGCAGAGGAGGCUGGAGAUCGAGGUCGAGGCGCGUGGCGCCGCGAGUGCAGUUGUCGGCGGCGGAUACGAGCACGCGGAACGCUCGAAUUUUGAACGCGGCGGUGGCGUAUCGGAUCGGCUACGGAUCGAGAAAGGGUGCGAGCAAAACAAGGUGACAAGGGGGAAGGAUAAGUGGUGGUGGGAAAAAGUGGUGCCGCAGAAGAGAGCAGUGGUUUCGGCCGGGCUAGAGGAUCGUGCGGAGCCCAGGAAGGGCUCCUUAGGAAGGAGCGAGACUGGCGAGCGCAAUGUGGCAAAGCGGCGGCAUGGGCGCCCAUGCGGCCAACAAUCCAUGGAUGAAAUUAAUGGGCAUUGUCCACAAGGAGAGGAGGCAUCACGAUUCGGGCUCUGCCGCUGCCGCCGCUUCCGGUGUUCAGGGCUCAGCGACUACUGGCAGCAACGACCGGACGCUCAAUCAAGGACUCACCGCUGCGGACUGCCCCCUCUGCGAAAAAGCGACAAAGAGGCCGCCUCCAUGCAACAUGCAGAUGAUCCUGGUUGCUGGCGGAUCGCUGCCGAAACUCAGCAGCCAGGACGAGGAUGGGCCGAACCCACACACCCAAUACACAGGCGUCACGCAGUUCGAGCCCAUACCGCACGAUCAUGACUUUUGCGAGAGGGUCGUCAUUAACGUGAGCGGGCUACGGUUUGAGACGCAGCUGCGUACGCUGAACCAAUUUCCGGACACGCUGCUUGGCGAUCCGCAUCGGCGGAUCCGAUACUUCGAUCCGCUUCGCAACGAGUACUUCUUCGACCGGAAUCGGCCCUCCUUUGACGCGAUACUUUACUACUAUCAGAGCGGUGGCAGGCUGCGUCGCCCGGUCAACGUUCCUCUCGAUGUCUUCUCCGAGGAAAUCAAGUUCUACGAGCUGGGCGAGCUGGCCACCAACAAGUUCAGGGAGGACGAGGGGUUCAUCAAGGAAGAGGAGAAGCCGCUGCCGUCGCAUGAGUUGCAGAGGAAGGUUUGGCUGUUGUUCGAGUACCCGGAAAGCUCGCAAGGCGCCCGGGUAGUCGCCAUAAUAUCCGUGAUCGUGAUCCUCCUGUCGAUCGUGAUAUUCUGCCUGGAGACCCUGCCGGAAUUCAAGCACUACAAGGUCUUCAACACAACAACGAACGGCACGAAGAUCGAGGAGGACGAAGUGCCGGACAUUACCGACCCGUUCUUCCUAAUAGAGACUAUUUGUAUCAUCUGGUUCACGUUCGAGUUAUCGGUGCGCUUCCUCGCCUGUCCAAAUAAACUGAACUUCUUCCGUGACGUAAUGAAUUUCAUCGAUAUCAUCGCCAUCAUUCCGUAUUUUAUCACACUCGGUACUGUGAUGGCCGAGGAGGAGGAGAUGCCUGAUGAACCAAAGGCGCCGGUAAGCCCGCAGGACAAGAGUACGAACCAGGCGAUGUCCCUGGCGAUACUCAGGGUGAUCAGGCUCGUCAGGGUGUUCCGGAUAUUCAAGCUGUCCAGGCACAGUAAAGGCCUUCAGAUCCUCGGUCGUACGCUCAAGGCCUCCAUGAGGGAGCUCGGCUUGCUCAUCUUUUUCCUCUUCAUCGGUGUGGUGCUGUUCUCGUCGGCGGUUUACUUCGCGGAGGCGGGCUCGCAAGACAGCUUCUUCAAAUCGAUACCGGACGCGUUCUGGUGGGCGGUGGUCACGAUGACGACCGUGGGCUACGGGGACAUGAGGCCCGUCGGAGUUUGGGGAAAAAUUGUGGGCUCUCUGUGCGCGAUCGCUGGUGUGUUGACAAUCGCCCUGCCUGUCCCCGUCAUCGUCUCCAACUUCAACUACUUCUACCAUCGUGAGACUGACCAGGAAGAGAUGCAGUCACAAAACUUCAAUCACGUGACCAGCUGCCCGUAUCUCCCUGGUCAACACUUGAAGAAGAGCUCGAUGUCGGAAUCGUCGUCGGAGAUAAUGGAGCUGGAAGAGGGCAUACUGCUCACUCAUCCCGAGGUUACGAAGAAGCCCAACUGCAACCCUCGCCAUAAUAACAAUAUUAAUCCAGCCUGUAUGAGCAUCGAGACUGACGUCUGACUACUAGUGAAGGAGACGGUGGCAACGUGGUGGCCAAUGCUGGAACGGUUAUCGAAAAACAGCUGCAGCUUGCUACGGUGCCUGACGUAGGCCUCCUUCACACGUCGUCGUAGUCGCGCUAGCUGCAAGCGCUAGCGAUAGCGCGUGUACGCGUGCGCGCUGGCUGUUGGAUUGCACGCGGCUGCGCAUGCGCGCACGUGCGCGCCAACCCGCCGUCUGUCCAUAGUCUGUCAAUACGAGGGGUGCUUCCAAUCCAUUACCACGUGUCAACGAGAGAUAAGAAAGGACGAGAAAUAACGGAGAAAUUCAACGACCAAGAAUCGGCUGACUAAUACGGGUGCCACGUAAUUUCUUCCAUCGGCGCAGCGCGAAAACCGAAGAUACCCGUCGGCGGAACAAGAGAAAGAUAAGAGAGAAACAUGACAAGGCAAAGAGGGAAGAGAAAGGGAAAAUGCGGAGGAACGAGUUUAAACGAGUAUCUGCAGGCGUAACGAUGAAAGUCCGAAAGAAGGGUGGAAAAGCGAUAAACGAGGAAACUGAUGGCGACAGUUUUGAGGAGGAAUCGUGCGUGGAGAACGAGAGGACAGCCGUUUCGGAGGUGUUUACGAUACACACGCACCCCGCGUAGGGACCUACGUGCUAAUAAGGGGAUGGAGCAGGAUAUUUCAGUCGCGCGUCCACUCCCCACACCACCGACUCCAGUGUUCAAUACAAAUGGUAACAAAUAAAUAAAAAGUAACAAAUAAACGGUAUAAAUGAAACGAAGGGAAGAGAAUUAAGUCGCGGCGGCUUCGCGAAUUAAGAAAGAAAAAAGAAAAAAAGGAAAAAAAAAGAAAAAAAAAUACAUAAGAGAACGUGGUCGAGCCCUUGCCUCCUGCGAUGUUCGCGUACGCGCCAUGCCAGCAUGGCGGAUCGAAGGGGGAUCGGCCGGCAACGAAACCAGGGGAAUCGUACCAGAUAAUACUAAUUAAUUAUAUUAUCGAUGUAAUUAUAUCGAGUACACGUAGGCGAAGGUACGCUAAACAAGCAGAACAAGUAAAUAAAUAAAAGAUAUUCGUUUUAAUGAUUAUAACACUGCGCGAAAACGGACGAAGCCACGAUCGAGCGGAAGAGGAGAACAAGACAGGGGAGAGAAGAACGGAAGGAAAAUGGCGAUGGUGCUCGCGGUGAGAGGACAGACUUUUGAAGACGAUAUCGGUAGGUGGUUGCACGGCGAGCAGCUAAGCAAACAAAGUGUGUUUCACAACGGAGAAACAGUAUUUUUCACUGAGGACAAAUAUUCAAAGUACAGCGGCAUUAAGUCGCACGUACUUCGAUCCGAGAGACCGUUGGAAUGCAAUUCGUUUUUCGGAGCGUAACACUCUACUCGUACCUGCAUACGGAUAACACCGACACAUACGCGAACAUACACGCGCGCGUGCGCACAUACACACACACACACACACACAAACACGCAGAUAUAUACAUGUACGAAGUUAGUAGCGCGACCACAAGCCACGUUUGUACAAUUUCGGAGAAUAGGCGUGCGUUGCUCUCGUUCAACCAUUAAGUAGCCGUCGAUCGUGCACGAUUUACGGGCUAAGAGUAACAACACACAGAUAACGCGGAAUAACUGCGCCAUAUGAAGAGAUUCGAACGGUGGGAUCGUUUCAAGUUUUACGCUACAUCGGUGGCCGCGCUUUCCAACGCGAUUACAUCAAAUUGUCGUAGCAUUUACAAUGGAAAGAUAGUUGCACCGAUGUUCCUCUAAAGCUUGCGGCGAACGAAUCGUUCACCUUCGUGCACGUUCGAGAUGCGCGCGAAUCGGAGAACGAGUCGACUAAAAAGCUUCGCGAACAAUUAUUUUCGUAUGGGCGAAUGAGGGAUUCCGCUUUGUCGUAGGAUGUCGGUGACGCGACGAGUUUGCGGAACCGAUAGCUCGAAAAGAUAGCGCUUGCACGAAGAAAAGCGACUAGCAAUAGGUGGAAAGUUGCGACGAAUGGCCGGAAACGUGUCUGCCGAUGGUGCGUACUAUCGUGUUCAUGGUCCCGAUCUCGCGACGAGUGUCACCAACUGUGAAGGGACAGAGAGAGAAAGUGGAGUAGUAUCGAAAGCAGUAUCACGCAGAGAUUCAGUUUUAGCGAGGCUAAUUCGCCAACAUUUUGUAAUCGAGUCGCGAAUUCGAUUUUGUGUUCAGAUUAGGGAGCGGAGGAAAAUAAAACACAAGACAGAGACAGGAGAUAGUGGUAAUUGCGCGUUAGUGGUUCAAUUAAGGCCGAUAAUUUCCGGGUUUCGUUUCUUUUUCUGUCGCACACGCAGAUUUGCCGACUCUCUCGUUUGCGUUCCGGCAAGCAAAUUCGCUAAAAGUUCUUGCCCUUUCGAUCGAGCGCGCAGCUGUAAAACAUAGAAUUAUAGAACGGUGAUAAAGUCCGUCGUUACACGUAUAUCGAAUAGUUUCGAUGAAUGCCAAAUUGCAAAGCAGUAUUUCAAGUUAUCUUUAAAAAUAUCGCUCCACUUACAAAACGAACAGACGAUCGAAAGGGAUGAAGAACGACGAGUAACGAGAAUCUAAUCUCGACGAUCAAGAUUAUUUUCUCUUGCUGGCUUGUUUCGCCAAUUAUCUUGCAGUUACACGUGGGAAAAGUAUAAAGCGAUCAAGGGAUUAAAGGACAGUCGCUAGGAUAGGAAUGCGCAAAAGAGAGGGAGAGAAAUACAGCGGUGCGAGAGAAAUCGUACAAAUAGGAAGGAAAUAGCGGGGCGAGUUGGUGAAAAACGAAUUGAUAGGCCAGUCGGUGCUCGAUACGAAGCAACAACACUUUCCCUAUCUCUUCGCUGUCGUCUCGAUGUUUCGCCUCUUUCCCGGUGGAAAAAGCGCAUCACAAAAUCGCAAAGACUGCCAUUUCACCAUUCUCAGUAAAAACGAAAUAAGAAGAAAAGAACAUCGCGUAACGAUAUCCACGAUUAUUUCGAGAACAUCGUCCAUGCUCGAACAUUUUCCGCUUAGAUCGACCCUUCCAACUGCCGCGUCGUACAACGGGCCGUGUCCCUGUGACCGAACGAUUCGAGAAACGGUCACGAUUGUUUUUGUAAGUCGCGAUAGAACCCGUCGAUUCGUCAGAAUCUGUCCGCUUUGAAGUCGCGCGGAUACAUUUACGUAAGUUCGCCGUUCAAGAAAACGUGACGUUUCGAUGCCAUUAGUGUCCGAUUAAACGAAAGGACGAAUCGAAAGGUUAAUUUCGACGAUUCUCUCUUUAGCGGAGAGUGGAUUUCUCUCUACGUUAAAAAAAAAAAGGAAAACUCGGCUACCGUUGUACGUACCAGCUGACGGGGCGAUAUCGUUAAUUCUAAACCGAUAAACAAAGACAUUUCUUCGAGAAGUCGGAACGCGACUCACACUUAUCUCUACGGAUAAUCGACUACGAUGAAGGAGGAAGUCUGACGUUGCAACACAAAAGUGAACACAUUAGAUGUAAAUUAAAA